CCAUCAGUCAAGUGACAGCCAGUUUCUGUCAAAACCGGUAGCUGAUAAAGGGUUUUGUUUUGUAAAAGCGCGGUUUAAAAAGUAAUUUAUUUCGAGAAAAUGGAGAUAUCCGAAGAAAAUUUGCAAACUCUAGCCCGUUACCUUCAAGAGACCUUAAACCCGGACGUUUCAAUUCGAAGACCAGCUGAGAAAUUCUUAGAAGGCGUUGAGGUGAAUCAAAACUACCCCUUACUUUUGCUGAAUCUGGUGCAUAAACCCGAGGUGGACAUGACUGUGAGAAUAGCCGGAUCAGUGGCGUUUAAAAACUACAUCAAACGCAACUGGAGCGUCGAAGAUGAUCAACCAGAUAGGAUUCACGAAUCAGAUAGAGUAGCAAUUAAAAAUCUCAUAGUGACUUUGAUGUUGACCUCUCCCGAGUCCAUACAGAAACAGUUAAGUGACGCUGUAAGUAUUAUCGGGAAAACUGAUUUCCCAAUUAAAUGGCCCGAGCUGAUCACCCAAAUGGUGGAAAAGUUCGCUACAGGGGACUUUAAUGUAAUUAACGGGAUCCUGAGAACAGGACAUAGUUUAUUUAAAAAAUACCGCUACGAGUUCAAAUCCAAUGAACUAUGGACUGAAAUCAAAUACGUUUUAGAGAAAAUAGCUCAACCUUUAACAGAUUUGUUCGUCGCCACAGUAAAACUCACGGAAACUCACGCUAAUGAUGUUAACGCACUUCGGACAAUAUACAGCUCAUUGGUGCUGAUAUGCAAAGUGUAUUACUCUUUAAAUUUUCAAGACUUGCCUGAGUUCUUUGAAGAUAACAUGCAGGUGUGGAUGCACAAUUUCCAUAUUUUACUCACAGUAGAUCAGAAGAGCUUACAGACAGGGAGCGACGAGGGACCGGGUGUAAUUGAACAAUUGAAGACUCAAAUUUGCGACAACAUUGCGCUCUACGCUCAGAAAUAUGAUGAAGAGUUCCGUCAAUAUCUUCCCCAGUUUGUCACUGAUGUAUGGAGUUUAUUAGUAGCGACCGGCUUAGAGCCUAAGUUUGAUUUGCUCGUUUCCAACGCCUUACAAUUCUUAUCAUCAGUAGCUGAAAGAAGCCACUAUAGGAAUUUAUUCGAAGACAACCACGUGCUUAGUAGUAUAUGUGAGAAGGUCGUCAUCCCAAAUAUGGAGUUCCGGGAAUCUGAUCAAGAGCUGUUUGAAGACAAUCCUGAGGAAUUUACCAGGCGGGAUAUUGAGGGCUCAGACGUGGACACCCGGAGAAGAGCCGCUUGUGACUUAGUUAAUACCCUUAGUACACAUUUCGAGCAAAAGAUCAUGGAAAUUUUCGGGCAAUAUAUGCAAGUAAUGUUAGCAAAAUAUGCAGAAAACCCCAAGAGUAAUUGGCGGAACAAAGACGCCGCCAUGUACUUAGUGAUCUCUUUAGUAAGCCGAGGGUCAACCCAGCGCCGUGGCGUUACCCAAACCAGUCAAUUAGUGGACAUAUCUCAGUUUUGUCAUCAACAAGUUAUUCCGGAAUUACAAGGAGCAGAUAUUAAUGAACUACCAGUUUUAAGAGCAGAUGCGAUAAAGUAUUUAAUGACUUUCAGAUCAGUCUUACCAAGGGAGCUUGUUACAUCAGCCAUACCCCAACUGAUCAGGCAUCUUAGUUCCGAGAGCGCAGUGGUUCACACCUAUGCCGCGUGCUGUAUUGAGAAAAUUCUAAUUCUCAAAGACGGUAAUAACCAGGAAAUGAUCACGGGUAGCCAGAUUCAACCUUUCGUUGCUGAAUUAAUUUCACAGCUGUUUGGCGUUUUGGAAAGGCCAGUGUCUGAGGAAAAUGAAUACGUUAUGAAAGCCAUCAUGAGGAGUUUUUCCAUUCUGCAAGAGUUGGUCAUUCCGUUUCUCGGAGCUGCGUUGCCUAAGCUUACCCAAAAACUGCAGGCAGUGGCCAAAAAUCCAUCCAAGCCGCAUUUCAAUCAUUACCUUUUCGAAACGUUGUCGCUCUCUAUACGAAUUGUGUGCAAAACCAACCAAUCAGCUGUAAAGUCAUUUGAAGAUAUUUUGUUCCCAACGUUUCAAGCAAUUCUUCAGCAGGAUAUUCAAGAGUUUAUUCCAUACGUGUUUCAAAUUAUUUCGCUUUUCAUGGAAUAUUCCCCUCCGGGAAAUGUAUCUGAAGCAUAUAUGCAAUUACUUCCCUGUUUGCUGUCUCCAGUGUUAUGGGAGAGGCCUGCUAAUAUCAGUCCCCUUGUUAGAUUGUUGAAAGCCUUCUUAACCCACGCCACUCCUCAAAUCAUAGCUCAAGAUAAACUAUCUGGCUAUCUUGGAGUAUUUCAGAAACUCAUCGCUUCCAAGUCCAAUGACCAUGAAGGUUUUCAUUUGAUGCAAAGUUUACUUCAAAACGUCCCUAAAGAAGCGAUAGGCCCAUAUUUGAAACAAAUUUUCUUUUUGCUAUUUCAACGACUGUCUUCAAGCAAAACCACUAAAUUUGUUAUCAACUUUAUAGUUUUUAUUUGUUUGUUUAUCGUAAAAUAUAGUGCACGUGAACUAAUCGCUCUAAUCGAUGGAAUACAGCCACAAAUGUUCGGCAUGGUGUUGGAAAAACUAUUAAUUCCAGAACUACAGAAAGUUAAAGGACAAAUAGAAAACAAAAUUGUUUCUUGUGGCGUUAGCAAAUUGCUGUGCGAAACACCUGAGACAAUAGACGGGACUUAUGGAAAAUAUUGGCCCCAACUCCUUCAAGCUCUACUGAAGUACUUCGAAAUGCCUCCAGAUGAGUCUACGUUGCCGGAUGAUCAUUUUAUCGAAGUGGAUGAUACUCCAACUUACCAGACAUCAAACGCCCGAUUGAAUUUCGCUAACAAUUCGAAAGAAGACCCGCUGCCUGGAGUGAACGAUACAAGACAGUUUUUCGUUCAAAGUCUGGCCAAUUUGAGCUCGUCGCAGGUUGGUAAAUUGCCGACUUUAAUAAGUAACACUUCGUCCGAUUGUCAAAUGGUUCUUCAAACGUAUCUAUCCAAGUUUGGCGUUCAGCUAAAUUAGUUGGUUGCCUUUUGCGUUAUGUAAUUUAUAAGCUUAUUUUUAUAAGAGUCUCAACUUCGUAUGUAUAAAAAUUGAAUCAUUUCUGUAUGUUUUUUUAUUUUUAUGAUUGGUUAUAUUAAGUAGGAUAGUUAUAUAGUGUUUUAAUAAAGAUGAGACAACUUUCAAGAG